CACCUCAACGGUCCUUCUUCUCUCUCUAGAAUCCAUUUUCUCUCUCUAAAUUUUUCUUUCUCAUUUUCUCUCUCUUUCUUAUCUCGGAAAAUCUUUCUGAGCUUUCAAACGAACUUUGGAAUUCUCCAGAACCUUCUCGUUUUUCCGCCGAGGAUCGCGAUUCCGCAGAAUCGUUCUCAAUCGUCGCUUGAUUCGGUUCGAUUCCGUGGUUCGAGCUGCAUGAACUGGUUCGGGAAGCUGGAUUCAUCAUCGUCGAACUUGAACUUCAAUCACUUCGUUACGUGUCUGUUGAGUUUUUUCCUCCAUUUUUCGCCUCAAUCGCACUUCUCUACCUUCGAUAGUAACAGUAAUCUCGAAUUUUAAUUCCGAAUAUGGAAUCGAGAACUAAGAGUAAUCCCCAAUUAACUAGAGCUCUAUGCUAUGGAAACGAUGGCAAGCAGCAGGGAAGGUCACCAUCCGUUAUUGUCAUUGGCGGUGGCAUGGCUGGGAUUGCUGCUGCUCGUGCACUCCAUAAUGCUUCGUUUCAGGUUGUUCUCUUAGAGUCAAGGGAUAGAAUUGGUGGCCGAAUUCACACUGAUUACUCAUUUGGUUUUCCUGUUGACCUGGGAGCAUCAUGGUUGCAUGGAGUUUCCAACGAGAAUCCGCUGGCUUCGGUGAUUGGGAAGCUAGGUCUACCUCUUUACCGUACUAGUGGGGAUAACUCCGUACUCUAUGACCAUGAUUUGGAAAGCUAUGCACUUUUUGAUAUGGAUGGGAAACAAGUUCCUCCAGAGUUGGUAACAAAAGUUGGUGAAAUAUUUGAGACAAUUUUACAGGAGACAGAUAAAAUAAGACAAGAAUCCAGUGAAGACAUGUCUGUACUUCGUGGUCUUUCCAUUGUUUUUGACAGGAAGCCGGAAUUGAGGUUGGAGGGGCUUGCGCAUAAGGUGCUUCAGUGGUACUUAUGCAGAAUGGAGGGCUGGUUUGCUGCAGAUUCUGAUACUAUUUCACUGAAAGGAUGGGACCAGGAGGUGCUGCUCCCUGGUGGUCAUGGUCUUAUGGUCCGUGGUUACUUGCCUGUUAUAAAUACCCUAGCCAAGGGACUUGAUAUUCUCUUGGGGCACAGGGUCACAAAAGUAGUUAGGCGAUAUAAUGGAGUAAAGGUAACAGUGGAAAGUGGGAAAAUGUUUUUUGCUGAUGCUGCUGUUAUUGCUGUCCCACUUGGGGUGCUCAAGGCAAAGAAAAUAUUGUUUAAGCCAAAGCUUCCAGACUGGAAGGAAGCUGCCAUUGCGGAUCUUGGGAUUGGACUUGAGAAUAAAAUCAUUUUACACUUUGAAAAUGUGUUUUGGCCUAAUGUGGAGUUCUUGGGAGUAGUUGCAGAUACAUCUUAUGGAUGUAGCUACUUCCUUAAUCUCCACAAGGCCGCCGGUCAUGCUGUUCUGGUUUACAUGCCUUCUGGGCAGCUUGCCAAAGACGUUGAAAAGAUGUCUGAUGAAGCAGCCGUCAACUUCGCUUUCAUGCAGCUCAAGAAGAUUCUUCCAGAUGCUUCUUCACCGAUUCAGUAUCUUGUGUCUCGGUGGGGAUCAGAUAUAAAUUCACUAGGUUCAUAUAGCUACGAUGCAGUUGGGAAACCCCAUGAACUAUAUGAGAGGCUACGGGUCCCAGUAGAUAACUUGUUCUUUGCAGGGGAAGCAACGAGUAUGAGCUAUCCAGGAUCUGUCCAUGGGGCAUUCUCCACUGGAAUGAUGGCCGCUGAAGAUUGCCGGAUGCGUGUGCUCGAGCGAUAUGGAGAGGUUGAUUUAUUCCAGCCAGUGAUGGGAGAAGAGGCUUCCUUGUCUAUCCCACUUCAGAUAUCUCGUCUGUAAUCAUCUUUGGGUCACAACUAGUGGACAGAAACAGAAUCUAUGCUUGUUCUUUUGUUAUCAACCUAUAGGCUAUAUAUAGCAAAUGUUUUGGCAAUAGUCUUCAAGACUAUGUGUCCACUUGUGAAAUCACAUUUUGUGUUGCAUUUCCGUAGUCAGUGUUACUGGUAAUGUGAAUAUUGCGUACCUAAGGCCUUGUCACUUCUAUCAGUCUAUAUAUAAUAAAAUUGUGGCAACAAUUUAUGUUUUUUCUCGUCUUUUA